AUGGCAGCAGAGCAAGAACGGGCUGCGGAAGCCGUGGAACGCGUCGAGAAAGAACUGAGACAUCUUCAGAAACAGACUAGACAAAGAAGACCAAACCCGCCCAUUUGGUGGAGUUACCACUCAGUUCGACAGUAUUUGCAUGCAUUGAAAAUAUGGGUGUGGUCGUGUAUCUUGGAGUUAAGUUGGAUUCAUUGGAUCGUGUUUCAGGUACAGAAUAUGCUACUUCGUAUCUUACAAGUGGGACCAGUGCCACGACACGUCUCAUUCAUUAUGGACGGUAACAGAAGGUACGCCAAGUCUCUCAAUCUACCCACGAAAUCGGGCCAUGAAGCUGGUGCUUGGACGUUGCUUAGCUUGCUGGCUUCGUGCAAGAACCUGGGGGUCAAAACAGUAUCUGCAUACGCGUUUUCGAUCGAGAAUUUCAAUCGUCCGCGUGAGGAAGUGGAACUUUUGACAUCGAUGCUAGCUGAAAAACUUGACGAGGUUGCGCGAAGAGCAUUAGACCGAGAAAGUGAGCUUUUUGGCGUUCGAGUGCGAGUUGUGGGAGAAAGGUCACUGAUUUCGAAAGCCCUCAACGACAAAAUUACGCAUGUUGAAAGAAUGACGGAGGCCAGUGAUUCAAUGGUUCUCUACGUGUGUUUCCCUUAUACGUCGCGAAACGAGAUAUACCAUGCGGUUUAUGACGCAGCAGAACGCUGCAAGUAUCACGGUCAACCCGUAGAAGAUAUUGAUGUCGAAAACUUCACUAACAGCAUGUUUUUGGGAAACUACUCAAACAAGUGCGAUAUUUUGAUCCGAACCAGCGGUCACACCAGGUUAUCCGAUUAUAUGUUGUGGCAAGUGCACGAAAACGGCGUUGUCGAGUUCACAAACACCUUAUGGCCAGAUUUCGGAUUUAUAGAGUUUUUCAUCAUGCUCGUCAAAUGGAGUUUCUUGACGUGCUUGCAACGUCGACAAUUGGCAAACACACCACUAAGGUCCCAGGUGUUCAAUUUGCUGAAGAAAAACUUGCUUCCCUUCAAACACAAAAAGGUGUCUUAUGAAGAUUUACCAGAGCCGCCCCAGGCCGUGUCGAUAAUUUUGAGAGGAUGA